AUGCGGCAGAGCUUCCAAAUCUGCCAGGAGCAUCAGCGGGCCUCACAUCAUGUGGAAAUCGCCCCCUGGCAGUUCCCACAGAGACCCUGGUCCCGCCUACACGUGAAUUUUCGGGUACUCUUCAAGGGCCAUUACUUCUUGGAAGUGGUAGACGCCUUUUCGAAGUAUGUGGAGGUUCUACCUGUCACCAGUCUAACAGCAGGUGCGACCAUUGCAGACCUCCGACAAGUCUUCUCUGCCCAGGGGUUGCCGGACGUAUUCGCGUCCGACAAUGGUCCUGCUUUUUCCAGCGCAAAGUACCUGGCCUGGCUGACGAAGAGCGGAAUCCGCCGGAUGGUGGUUCCGCCAUACCACCCUGCUUCAAACGGGGCAGCCGAGCGAGUGGUGCAAACCAUCUGGACAAGCUCAAGAUGA